AUGUCCGACACAUCAUCAAAAAAUGCCAACCUCGCCCGCGUACGCGACAACCAACGCCGCUCUCGCGCCCGGCGGAAGGAAUACCUCAGCGAGCUGGAGACGAAGUACCAAAACUGCGAGCGUGUCGGCGUCGAGGCCAAUGCGGAAAUUCAAGCCGCGGCAAAGUUGGUUCUGGCUGAUAAUAAGAGAUUGCGGGCUAUGUUGAAGGCGCUGGGGGUGAGUGAUGCGGAUGUUGAUCGGAAUAGUCAGAAUCCUGGUGCGGCGAGGACGUUGGAGGGCAUGUUGAGUUCGAGGAGGGCUUGUGGUGGUGGGGCGGCAUCGACUGUGUCGAGCACGAGUACUGAGGGGGCGAGGUUAUCACCGAAUGUCGCUAUCCAAGCUAGGUCGACGGCAUCCAGCGAUGUCACGCCACAGCGCAGCUUAGACUCACCGGAUUUCGAGGCCUCAAGCCGAUGGGCAGACGGCAGCAGCAGAGUCCACGCCCACGCCACUGGUCUCAACCAGAUCGUACGCCAGCAACAACAACACCACCAACAACCGCUUCUCCAACCAAGGCCAUCACUAAAACCUACACCACCGCAGCAGCAGCAAGAAGAACAACUAGACCCCCCCGCCUUCGAAGAACUCAACCGCUGGUCCGACGGCAGCAGAAUCCACGCCAUGGGCAUGGCCCAACUCCUCGGAGAACAGCAGCAGCCUCUGAACACGCACAUGAACACGAACUUCACUAUGAACAUCCAGCCCCAGACCAGGCCAAUCUACGCACUCCCCGAAGACCCCACCUACAUACAGAUUGGCACGGGCUCAUGCGGCGGCGUCCGCAACCACUCCUCCUGCAUCCCGGCACCCAGCAAUUCCAAAUCCUGCCACGAAGUCGCCGACACAAUCCGCAUGAUGCGGCCGGACGUGGGGGAUGUACUCGAAGCUGAGCUGGGGUGUAGGGGUGAUGGGGGGGAUUGUGAUGUGAGUAAUUUGCAGGCGUUUGAUGUUUUGGAUCGGUGGAGUGAUGGGGGGAGAGUUUUUGCUAUGGGGCUGCCGGGGGGAAGCUGA